AUGGACUGUCAUUGCCUCCUCCAAACCAACGUGAAACACUCCGCCAGAGCACAGGAUCUGUUAAACCAGGCGAUGGUGGAGUGGAACAUUGAGGUGGCGAUCGUGGUCGAGCCCUAUGCCGUCCCCCCUGCCGAUAGCAGGUGGCGGGGUGACACGGCGGGGCUGGUCGCGAUCGUCAGUAAGGGAAGAAGCGCUGCCUCCUCUCUCGUCCCUGUAGCUAGGGGCGAGGGGUAUGUCGCCUGCCGAUGGGGGGAUUGGGCGGUCGUGGGGGUGUAUAUCUCCCCCAACAUCUCGCACGGAGACUUUGAAGACAAAAUCGAGGAGAUCGAUGGGGUCGUCCGCCGCCUGCAUCCAGACUGGUUGCUGGUGGCGGGCGAUUUCAACGCAAAGUCCGCUGACUGGGGUUGCCCAGUCACGGACACCAGGGGCGAGAUGUUGGAGAACUGGGCUGCCGCACUGGACCUCCAUAUCAUCAACAGGGGAUCGGUGCCUACUUGUGUGGCGGCCCGGGGGAGCUCCAUCGUGGACAUAACGAUGGGCUCCCCUGAGGCGCACGGCAAAAUUACUGAAUGGACGGUCUCGGAUGAGGAGACCUUGUAUGAUCAUCGGUAUAUAGUGAUGGAUGUCUCCUAA